CUGCGGCGCACACAUUUGAAAACCGAUUACAAGAGAACAAAUUCGAAUUCGAGUAUUUUUCGCUUCGAUAACGAUACGAUAACUCAAGCAUGAGCAGCGAUAGUGAAAGUGAGAAUCAGCUGAGACGCGAUCGUAAUUUGGCCGAGCUUUGUGUGUGGUUUCGCGAUAAUGAGAGCUUGCCACAGGAAAUUGAGCCUUUGCUGCUGCGACGCUUCUAUCAGUGCAUGUACGGUCAUGUGGAGGACACCAAGAAGCUCAUCGAGGUGAACUACGCGCUGCGCAACAAGCAUCCACAUCUGUUUAUCAAGCGCGAUCCACUUGACGAUGACAGUCGCCGCACCUUUGACUAUGCAGAUAUUCUACCGUUGCCCGGUCUGACACCAGAAAAUUAUAAGGUCUCCCUCUAUUGUUUCAGAGACUUUGAACCGUCGAAGAUGCAUCACACGGAGGAUACGCGAGCAUUUUUCAUGGUCACAGACUGUCGCUUUAUAACGGUCGAUGAUCCGGCUCGUCCCGAGGUCCUGUCGGAGGGUGAAGUGCAGAUAUUUGACAUGAAGGGCACCACCAUGCGUCACAUAUCGCGUCUGACGAUUAGCACGCUGCGAGCAUAUAUUAAGUUCCUGCAAUUAGCGUUCCCAGUGCGGCUUAAGGCCAUUCAUAUGGUCAACUGUCCCACGUAUAUCGAUCGCAUUGUGAGCGUGGUGAAACCGUUCAUCAGCGAUGAAGUCUUCAAGCUGAUACGCUUUCACACAACCAGCAUUGAGACACUGUACACGUUUGUGCCGUGCGAGAUGUUGCCCGAAGAGUAUGGCGGCUUUGCCGGGCCGCUGGCCACUCUGCGGGAGCAGACACAAAAGGUGCUGCUCGAGAAGCGAGAAUACUUAAUGAAUCCCAAUCAUUGGCUCGUUGAGAAGCCCGAGAAACGUAGCGGAAAAUCGUGGAAACUAUUUAAUUAAGUGGCCUGAUUCCUGCUCACCUGAAACAUUUAUUUUUUUUUUGUACUGUGUAAUUUGUUUCUAAUUGUGUAGCUUUUGUAUUGACUAUAUUAUAUAUGCAUAUGUUUAUUUGUAUCUAAUAAUUAAAGUCUGGGAUUAUCCCUUGAAGGGUUAUUACACUGAAA